AAUUUACUUAUACGUUUCAACGUCUAUCUUGCUUCUAAAAAGUGAAACUUGUACAUAGAAUAGACAAUUGACGUUACGAACACCACGUUAUCAAAUAUUACAUUUGUUAAAUACUACUAAUUUAAAUUCAUUAGCGCUAGAAGUUCACGUAGUUACAUGUUACAUUACAUUAUUUUCCCUGGGACUUACGAUGGGUUACUGCUAUCUAUAAUAUCUAAGAUUAAAAAUCGCAAACAUUCGUCAUACAGUGAUUGUAAAAGAUAGUUGAUCAUACGAUAUUUAAACGUUCCAAAGAUGAAUACGAGAUUCAGCGGGCUAAAACUAGGACUUCCAAUAGAAGUUUUUGCACUUAAUAAAGCAUUUACGGAAGAUACUUACGAAAAAAAAGUGAAUCUAUCCAUAGGAGCUUAUCGUACAACUGAAGGAAAACCUUGGGUAUUACCAGUUGUUCGAAAAGUAGAAAAAUCAUUAGCUGCAGAUGAAUUGCAAAACCAUGAAUAUCUUCCUGUCUUGGGAUUAGAUGCUUUUAGUCAAGCAGCAACAAAAAUGCUGUUGGGUGCUGAUUCUCCUAUUAUUGCACAAGGCCGAGCUUUUGGUAUUCAAACAUUAUCUGGUACUGGAGCAUUACGUAUUAUAGCUGAAUUUUUAAGUCGUAUUCUACACUAUGACACCUUUUAUUACAGUAAACCUACUUGGGAGAAUCAUAAACUUGUGUUCCUAAAUGGAGGAUUCAAAAAAGCAUGUGAAUAUGUAUAUUGGAAUCCAGAAACCCGUAGCAUUGAUAUAGAAGGAAUGAUUAAAGAUCUUAGAGAUGCUCCAGAAAAUGCUGUAAUUAUUCUUCAUGCGUGUGCACAUAAUCCUACUGGCUGUGAUCCAACUCCUGAACAAUGGGCUAAAAUAGGAGAUGUAAUUGAAGAGAGAAAACUUUUCACUGUUUUUGAUAGUGCUUAUCAGGGUUUUGCAACUGGUGAUUUAGACAGAGAUGCAUAUGCUGUAAGAUUGUUUGCUGAACGUGGAAUAGAAUUUAUGUGUGCGCAAAGUUUUGCUAAAAACUUUGGCUUAUAUAAUGAAAGGGUUGGAAAUAUGGUAGUUGUUAUGUCUAAUACAAAAGAAUUGGCUCAAGUUAAGUCUCAGUUAACCUUGAUUGUUCGUGGAAUGUAUAGCAAUCCACCUAAUCAUGGAGCAAGAAUAGUUGCAACCGUGUUGCAGAACCCAGAUCUCUACAAACAAUGGAAAGAUCAUAUUGUCACCAUGUCCAGUAGAAUAAAGGAAAUGCGAACGAGUUUAUAUCAAAAGUUAAUUCAAAAAGGAACUCCUGGUAAUUGGGAACAUAUUACUCAACAAAUAGGAAUGUUCUCUUACACAGGCCUAACCGAGAGACAAGUUGAGUGUUUAAUUAAUAAUUAUCACAUCUAUAUGUUACGAAGCGGUAGAAUAAAUAUGUGUGGACUUAAUGAAUCUAACUUAGAUUAUGUGGCAAAUGCGAUUUAUGAAACUAUUCUACUGUAUCCACAUAAUAAGGAAAAUUGUACAUGUUAAAAUGGAUGUCCGGAUCAGACGUUACUUCAUAAGUAUAAAUUAUUGUUAUUGAGAAAAUUGUUGAAAUAUGGCAAUAUUUUAUAUGGAUUGAAGUUAUAUCAAAAUCACAGGAAUUAUCUAUAUCGGUAUUUUUCGUUAUGUUUUUAUUACAAUUCUGCUCCUUGAUUUAAUUUAUUAUAAUGUUUAUUUAAUGAGGUACAUUACCUGCAUUAAUUCUCUAUUCUAAAAGAUUAGAAAUUAAUGUAAUUCUAUUUCAUACAAAAAUCGAUACAUUUUUUUGGAAAUCGCCUUAUCUACGAAAGUACAAAAUACCAACAAAGUAUUAUGAAUUGCCAAAUUUUAAUACAUUAAAGUUUAUGUGUAAGUGUAAUCGCUUAUUAUUAAAAUGAUUUUCAUUGGGUUCAUAGAGAAAUAAAAAACAUUUACAAUAGAAAUUCAUUUUGAUAUAAUAAUUUUUUAAUGUUUUUAUCAAUUUUAAUGUAAUUAGAAAACUCAUUAAUAAGCUCUGUUUUAAAAAUAAUAUUAUUCCUUGACUGAUGUGAAUAAGUAUUUUCUAAAACUCUUGUUGAAGAGAUGGUUACAAAUUAUAUAUAUUUCAUAGGAGACUAAUUUUUGAAUUUCAUAUGUAUAACAAUAAUCUUGUAAAUAAUUUCAGAACUAUAAUAUAUAUAUGUAUAUCACAUCAGUGAUAUUGUUAGAGAAUGAGACCAAUUUUUUAAAACUACUUUACAUUCGAAAUAAUCAUUCUCAUUAUAGAUAAAAAUAGAAAUAUUUUUUACAUAUUUCCAAGAAGAAUAUUUUUUAAAUACAAUUUUUCUACCAACGAAUAUGCUUUAUAAAAUAUUAUCUUUAUACAGUAUCUUAUAUUUAAUUAUAUAGCCAUAUCUUUAACAAUAAAUUAAUAUGUAUAAAUACGAUUUAUUAACGGAAAUACCGAUGAAUGAUGAAAAUUUACUAAAAAUACUAAUCUAUUAUUUUAAUAAUAAGCGAUUUGUUUACAGAAAUUUAAAUCUGAAAUUAUUAAAAUUCAAUGCAAACUAUUAAUUAUAGUUAGUUCCUGUUUACUAUCUUGUUCUAAGUAAAAUAAUUAUUAUGGUUUUCUAUGGUACAUAAAAAGAAAUUCAAACACUAUAUUUUUUCAGAUUUGAAAUCAGUUAUACAAUUAAUAUGUAUAACAGGUGAAUGAAAAAGAAAGGAAUGUUCUAAAAAAAGUACAUAACUUUGUUCAAUAUUUGUAGAUGCCAUAAUCUCAUGUACUAUGUAAAAACUAUAUCUUUUGUGUCUUAAAUGCUUCCAGUAGUUUGCAAUUUACAUAAAAUGCAAAAUGAAGGUUUCAAUUAAAAUCGAUAAAACAUACGAUUAAUUUAUCGUAAUAAUAUUUUAUAUUUCAUUUCCAAAAAUAUUGGGUAAAAAUUCGAUCAGAUAUUUUAAUUUUAUGCUUUAUAAUAGCAUUCUUAUGUUAGUGCAUGUUAUUAAUUUUUUAAACAUUCUAGAUAUUACUAAUAUUUUAAUUAUUUAUAAAUUACAUAAAAGGAAAUAUAUUUAAUAUUUACAUAAAAAUCUAUACACACGCACACGCGUAUGCACAUGCGUGCGUGCACACGCAUACAUACAAACAUACAUACAUACGUAAAAAUAUACACAUAUAUUUUUAGUAACGUUAUGUAAUUUAAGCUUAGAACACUCCUCGUUCAAACAUCUGGACCAAUUCAGAACGUUUAAAUUUUUGUAAAAAUUAUCAUGGUGUAUGCUAGAACGAAUGUAAUUGGUUCUAAAAUUAUAUUCCACAUUUGUUCCUUCUAGUAUACGUUGAGACAUAUAUAAAUAAUAUUUUUCUGCAUUCGUUGUAGCGUUGCAAUUAUAUUAACGAAAACUGUUCAUUGUAGUAUACUUAACUGUAUUUCAAAUUUUAAACGACCUUGUACAUACUGCCAAAAAUGAUAGCUUGAAUGAUGCAGUGAGAAAAGUUAAUUUUCUAUGUAUUUAUAUAUGAAAUAAAUGUAAUACAGAAUGCAAUUCAUAUUUUAUAAAACAAUAUAUAAUUUUGUUGAAGUUAUAAAUAUUGUCGAAACAGUAGUAUACUAGUUUUAAUGAAUAUUUACACCAAUUUUAAAUUUUAAAUAUAAUAGAAAUUGGAGAACUUGAAGAUGUUGUAGCAAAAUAUUUUUAACAGAGGAUGUUGAAUUGUUAAAUACAUUUGUUUACAUAUCACUGAGAUGUAUAGACAGGGAAUAAUACCUAACAAACAAAUAGCAAUGAAAUGAAAUGUAGUAUAUAAAUAACAUUACAAAUAGUAACUAUGUAUUUCAUGUAACGUAAAUUCUUAAAUGUAAUUGUUAUUUACAUAAAAUGCAGUGAACUACACUGU